AUGCUGUCCCGCAGUGCCCCCCGUCUACUUCGUGUUGGAUCUGCCAUCCGCUCCUCUAUCCGAACCUCCUACACAGUCCGCCCAGCUUCCAAUACGCUCUCCCGCAGCUACCCAUCGCACCCGCGGGCAUUCCACGCCUCCCCGACUUUCGCCAAAGGCAUCCAACCGGACUCUGAAGAUCCCAACCCACCGAACCCUCAAAGCACCCCCAUUGCUGGUGCUGCAGCACAUGUAACUGAACCAACUCCACUCUCAGAAGAGGAAUACCGUGAAUAUUCAGAGCACUACUUCAACGUACUGCUUGCGGAAUUGGAGAAGGCGCAGGAGGAGGGAUCUGAUGUUGAGGCAGAGUACAGCGCCGGCGUCCUAAAUAUCUCUGUCCCCGCCAUCGGCACCUUUGUUCUGAACAAGCAACCCCCCAACAAGCAGAUCUGGCUCAGUUCACCCAUCUCUGGGCCCAAGCGAUAUGACUGGAUUGUCGAAGGCGACCGCAUGUACGAGAAGCAGGACUCCCGGCCCUUUGUCCACGGCCAGUGGAUCUAUCUUCGGGACGGGUCGAACUUGACCGAGCUGUUGAACUCUGAAUUGACACUGCAGCUCCCGAAAGAUAUCUACGGUGAAAUAACUGACGCAUAA